AUGUGGGUGUUCUAUUUGUUCUCACUACCAGUGACUGUUGGCAUGGUCAUUCUUACAUUGAUAUAUUUCUCUGGACCUGAUGUACCCAAAUAUGUGUUCUUCACCGUUGCAUACACAUGGUUCUGCUCCCUCUCCAUCAUCAUCCUCGUCCCUGCUGAUAUAUGGACGACAAUGCAUGCUGAUAAACAUGGAGCAAUUUCCUUCUUAUGGAGUUUGUCAUAUUGGAGUACCUUCUUACUUACAUGGGCUGUGGUUCCCACUAUUCAGGGUUAUGAAGAUGCUGGAGACUUUACAGUGAAAGAAAGAUUGAAGACCAGCUUACAAGGAAACCUUGUUUUCUAUCUGUGUGUUGGUUCUGUAGCACUCUUUGGCUUGAUAUUACUAAUUGCUUUACACAAAAAUUAUUGGAGUGGGAAUGUUAUGGGCUUUGCCAUGGGUUGCUCUAAUACAUUUGGACUGGUUACUGGCGCAUUUCUACUUGGAUUUGGUUUGAGUGAAAUUCCAAGGGGCAUUUGGUUAAAUGCUGAUUGGACCAUUCAGCAAAGAGUUCUUUCCCACAAAGUUGCAAAAAUGGCCGUGAAAUUAGACGAUGCACAUCAAGAUUUUUCAAAUGCUAUUGUUAUCACACAGGCAACAUCAAAGCAAAUGUCCAAGCGGGAUUCUUUGAGACCGUACAUGAAUAUAAUUGACAAAUCGUUGCUUCAGAUGAUGAAGGAAGACCCCUCCUUCAAACCACAGGGUGGGAGACUAGGAGAACGUGACAUGGAUUAUGACACAGAUGAGAAAUCUAUGGCAGCACUAAGGCGACAUCUUAGAAGAGCUCAUGAGCAGUACUAUCGAUAUAGAAGUGAAUAUACAAAAUUUGUCCUAGCAGCCCUUGAACUGGAGGAUACCAUAAAGAAUUAUGAGCGCCGAGAUGCUACAGGAUGGAAAUAUAUUUCAUGCUUGAGGCCUGAACGUAUAGGCAAAGUAGGUGCACUUUUGGAUACAAUUGAGUUUCUAUGGCGAUGCAUAUUAUGGAAACAGCUAGUGAAAUCGUCGGCUAUUAUAUUGGGCAUCAUGUCCUUAGCAAUUCUAUUGGCAGAGGCUACCAUACUAACCAGAGGAGUUGAUUUAUCCCUUUUCUCUAUCCUAAUACAUGCUGCAGGAAAGAAAGAGGUGCUUGUACAGUUGGCUGCUUUCAUCCCCUUGAUGUAUAUGUGCAUAUGUACAUAUUAUUCCUUGUUUAAAAUGGGAACGAUGAUGUUUUACUCACUGACACCAAGACAAACAAGCUCAGUAAGCUUGCUUAUGAUAUGCUCGAUGGUUGCAAGAUAUGCAGCACCCAUUUCAUACAACUUUCUCAAUCUCAUUAACCUUGGUGGCGAUGCGAAAACCAUUUUUGAAAAGAAAAUGGGUAACAUUGACGAUGCUGUGCCUUUUUUUGGAAAAGGAUUCAACAAAAUUUACCCCCUCAUCAUGGUUAUAUACACUUCACUAGUAGCAGGCAAUAUUUUUAACCGGGUCAUCAAGUAUUGUGGGAAUUGGAAAAUAUUCAAGUUCAAUGAUGAUGCAGAAGAUAUGGAUGGAUUUGACCCAUCCGGAGUAAUAAUCUUGCAGAGAGAGCGUUCUCUUCUCCAGCAAGGGCACAAAGUUGGUGAACUUGUUUUUCCUUUAGCAAGGAGUUUCAGCAUGAACAUAGAUGUUGAGAACACCAGAAGCAUGGUUUUGGAUGAGAGUGGCACGGGACACAACAAUAUCAAUAUAGUGGAGGACAAAGAUGAAGGCGCUAAGAUUGACAUGAGCAGAAAAUUUGGGAGCAAAAAAUAUACAUCAUUAAGGACAAACCUCAAUGAAGAGGUGUCUAGUAAAGAUUUGACUCAGGGAAGAGUUUCUUCCCCCUUUACAAGUGAUGUUAAUGAUUCUCAGAACACAAGUUCAGCCCCAUCAUCUAUAUUAGCCUCAAAAUGGGAAUCAAUGAUGCAUGGAUUUAGAAAUCUGAGAUCCAACAUUGACUCCAAGAGAUUCCUCCCUCUUGGUAAUGCUCAAGAGCCAACUCAAAAUUCAAACACUUCAUCUGAAUCCCUUGAUGAUAUAUUUGAGAGAUUGAAACAUCCUCCUUCAGAAUAUAGAGAUUCUGGUGACUAAAAUGAUCAUGAAGUGGACUACAUGGAAAUGGCAUUUGCAAGAUAAACUCUAUAUCUCUUCUUAUAUAUCAUUUAAAAGAGCUAAAGGGAGAAUUAACGAGCAAGUUUCCUCCUCUGAAAGAAGUGUUCUCUGAGGAUGGAUUUAUGCUGAACUACAUGAACAGAUCUUUUUUAGAGACGAUCAUCAAGUGACAUUUAUUAUGUUGUUGGUUCUGCAAAAUGAAACGCAUGGAA